AUGGGUUUCGCCUCGAAGAUAGCCGCUACCCAGAAACGGGCUCCUACCAAGGCGCACCCCCUGCGGGAUACACUGGAGGCCCUCCGACUGCCCUGCAGCCUGGUGGAUACCAACAGCCACAAGCGCAGUACCAGGCUUAUCCAGGAUCCCCUCCUCCUCAGGGAUCGCGUCGGACAACUCGAAACCAUGUCAGGUCCCUAUUACAACCAGGGUCAUCCCCAGUACGGCGGCUCACCUGCUCAACCCUACCAGUCCUACAAUACUCCUCCCCCCGGUGGUGCCUACAAUAGGGCUCCGCCAGCUCCGCAGCAGCAACAGCCUUACCCCGCAUCAUCUCAGCAAGGCUAUGCACGUCCUCCCCCACCGCCGCCUCAAGGUCAAGGUCAGCCCUACGGAUCGGCACAAUCGCCUUAUCCUGGACAGCAGUCUCAGUCUCCGUACCCGACCCAACAUUCACCCUACCCUGGACAGCAGCCACCCCAGUCGCCUUACCCGACUCAACAAUCACCCUACCCUGGACAACAGCCGCCCCAGUCCCAGUAUCCCGGACAGCAGCAGCCCUAUGGCCAGGCACCUUACCCGAACCAGGGCGCUCCGUACCCCGGCGGACAAGGCCGUCCUGGACCUUCGCCAGGACCUCCUGGUGGCCAGUAUGGUGCUCCCGGUGGCCCUCCGCCCCAGGCUGCUCCCGCCACUCCUCAGCAGCUCAAUGCCUAUCGCCAGUUGUUGAUUAGCACCAUCCAAGAGAAGAGCCUUGAGAGCUUCUACCCACCAGAGAGACUGAACCAACUCGUCCAAACCCUCGUCAAUGAUGCACCUGUCAAGCUGGCCAAGUUGACCAACGAAUGGUCCGUCCCUAUGGAAGUGGCCACCGAUGUUAUGAAGCUCGCUCUGUUCGACGUGAUUCUCUACGUUGACGACAGUGGAUCCAUUGAGUUCGAAGAGAAGGGACUUCGCAAGGACCAGCUGAGACAGAUCCUGGGUAUCGUGGCCACUGCUGCUUCUACUUUUGACCAGGAUGGAAUCUCGGUCCGAUUCAUGAACAACCAGGAGCGCGGUGAUGGCAUUCGCAGUGCUAUUGAUGUCGAGAAUCUGGUGUCUCGUGUGCGUUUCGCAGGAUUGACCCCUCUGGGUACUGGCCUGAAGGACAAGGUCGUCGACCCCAUGGUCGUGGGCCCUGCUCGCGCCAACCGCCUCGACAAGCCAGUCCUUAUCAUUACUAUUACGGAUGGACAGCCUGCAGGCGAGCCACACGGUGCUUUGCGCGACGUGAUUCAACACGCCGUGAACGAGGUGUCGCGCACUCGGUAUGGCCGCGGUGCUGUUUCCUUCCAGUUCACUCAGGUUGGCAAUGACCAGCGUGCGCGUGAAUUCUUGUCCGAUUUGGACGAGGACCCUCAGAUCGGACAGCUGAUUGACUGCACUUCGAACUUUGAAGUUGAGCAAGAUGAGAUGUCCCGAGCUGUGCCUCCAGUGCAUUUGACCCGCGAGCUUUGGUGCGCGAAGCUCAUGCUCGGAGCCAUCGAUUCGUCAUACGACACCAAAGACGAGAAGGCCGCCGGACGAUCCAACGCACCCCCACCCCAGCAAGGUGGCUACGGUGGAUACGGUCAAGCACCACCUCAGGGACCGCCUGGAGGAUACAAUGCCCCAGCUGGUUACCCCCCGCAGCCCAGCUACCAGCAGGCUCCUCAACAGCCGCCUCAGCCCCCCUACCAGGGCAAUAGCCGCGGCAACCCUGCGUAUGGCCAAGGCCAAGCACCAUAUGGAUAUGGUGCUCCCUCGCCGCAACCUGGUGGAGCAGGCUAUCCGCCUUACGGAUCCCAGGGACAGGCGCCCCCACGCCGUUAUUGA